AUGUGGUGUUCAUAUAUCCUUCUCAUAACAUUAUUCCAUUCAGUAUUUCUACAAUACAUAGGAGAUGUUUCAAAUGUGAACCCAGUAGAAAUAGCAAAACAAUUGACUGAAGUCUCUGAAGCUGCUGUACUUAAAAUAAUGAACAUUAGGUUCUACCGACACUGGAUCGAAAUACUUAGAGCUAAGAUGAACAUGAAACGUCCUUCUGACAAAGAAUCAACUCACCAAUAUUUUAAAUGUGAAUAUGCACGUUUAAGAAAUUUUUAUGUGCCUGAACUUAUGAUUAAUUUCGCUAAAUUGGUGACUUCUGUAGAAGAGAGACUCAAUGUUACCAUUUUGAAAUCAUUUGAAUUGCAAGAAUGUUUCAAAAAAAGAAGUAUGCAUUAUUUAGAUUUAUCAUUUAAAGCGGAAUCCGAUCAAUGUUAUGUACCAAGUUACUUCACUGAAGAAGAGAAACUUAACGUAUCGUCAAGUUUAGAACAAGAACGCAUCUAUUUCAAUAAUAUUAACUUGGAUUCAUUUAUGUUUAAAAUACUGUCUGAAAUUUUCCAAAAAUCAGCAGCACGUAAGUGUCAACAAUUGUCAAUAUUUGUAAAGAUCAAUGUAAGUAGUCAAAAUAUUGUAG